AUGGCAAAUAAUCGUGGCACAAUGUUUUCCAGACGCAAUCCUCCGCCUGCUAACAACCAAGAGUUAAUGGCACCUUGGUUCAAACAUCGCUUCCUGGUGUAUCUUCAACGAAUUCAGCAGGGAGGUGCUCCAAUUGGUGGUUUAUGUUCCUGUACACUGGGAAUUCAAGAAAAUGUUUACACGCAGUUACCACCGGCUCAACAAGCCCAAGUAGCCGAAAUAUUUCGCGCUGCUGAAGGAGCUUGGGCUGGAAAUGGUCCACAAGGUGGAUUUGCCGCGCCUCAGACAGGAGGCGGUGGAAGGCCUGUCUUUCCAGUUUUCUUGGCUGAAACACCCCACCAAGGCGACCGUAUCAUCAAAGUAUUUGCUUGGAGUGAUACACGCGGUACGUAUUGUUUGUCUACAGGUGGAAAUAGGCGUUUAGUUGCUAAGCCAUAUGCUACUGCACAGUUCUACUCUGGGCAUACACCGGAUAACCAGGGAGUUGAAAUGUGGCCAAUCUUUCUAGUUUUCGCUGACAUUGCCGACGCUCAUUAA